GAAAAAAAAAAUGGAUCAAAGCUCUUUGUAAGCGAAGGGGAAGGCCCUGUUCGUCUUCUUCUUCUUCUCCUUUUUCUUGAUCUCUUUAUCAGUUGUCACAGUGCGCUUCGAAGCAAACGCAAACGGGGAAGAGAAAAAGGUAUUAUCUGGUUUAUUUAAGUCAGUUCAUGUAUUGCAGCAUAGCUGCUUAACUUAUGGCAAAACCUGGAGGAACUGUUUCAUAUUCUUCACUUUCUAAUGUAGAAAAGAACAACAAAGUCCAUUGUGUUGAUGACUUAAGUGAUUCUGCUUGGGCUAAGCAGGAGGGCGGUAGUACUUUACCCUCAGGUUCAAAAUCCUUGAGACAAGAAUAUCUGUUUCAGUAUCCCCUUGAAUCUGAAGAAUUUUUUGAGGGAGGGUAUGAUUCUGGUGAAGAUAAUUGCAGCUCUGUGCAACACAGUACACCCCCUGAGGUGAACUUGAAAAAUGUCUUGAGUGGGAUUUGUGCAAUUGUAACUGGCCGUAAUAAAGGUUCUGGUGCCAUUGAAGGUCAGAAAUUCUCAACUUCAAAUGUUUCAUUUCUUGGCUCUGCUAAGAGUGGAGAAACUUUCUUGCACUCUUCGGUUUACAUACCAAGUGCUCCACCACUAAUUCAGCCAAAUGCUAUGAACUAUAGUGCUCAGAAAGAUAUGUUGGAAGCUGAACCCCCUGAGUGGCUUCCAGAUAGUUCUACUACAGCUUGCAUGCAGUGCACUGCCUCCUUCACUGCACUCACUCGUGGUCGGCAUCAUUGCCGGUUUUGUGGAGGAAUAUUUUGUAGGGAAUGCUCAAAAGGAAGGUGUUUGUUACCUGUUAAGUUUAGAGAGAGGAAUCCGCAGAGGGUGUGUGACACCUGCUACGAUAGGCUUGACCCAUUACAAGAUGUACUUAUCAACACCAUAAGCAACGCCGUUCAGGUUGCAAAGCAUGAUGUGAUGGACUGGACUUGCACCAGAGGUUGGCUGAAUCUACCAGUGGGUUUAUCAGUGGAACAUGAGAUAUACAAAUCUUCUAAUACAUUGAGGAGUUUCUGCCAGGUUGCCAGAUUGGACCCUGAGAAGUCCAUACCCACCACGAUUCUUAAAGGAGCCAAAGGUUUGGCAAUUUUGACAGUUGCUAAAGCCGGAAUGCUAGUUGCUUACAAAUUUGGCUCUGGUUUGGUUGUGGCCCGAAGGUCAGAUGGGUCAUGGUCUGCUCCAUCUGCUUUGGUCUCUUUUGGUUUAGGGUGGGGUGCUCAGGUUGGGGGUGAGCUAAUGGACUUAAUAAUUGUGCUCCAUGAUUCAAAAGCUGUAAAAACUUUCUGUAGUCGCAUGCAUUUUUCCCUUGGUGCUGGUUGCAGUGCAGCCGCUGGACCUCUGGGGAGAAUAUUGGAAGCAGAUUUGCGAGCUGGGGGUAGAGGUUUGGGCAUGUGUUAUACAUACAGCUGUAGCAAAGGUGCCUUUGUGGGAGUUUCUCUGGAAGGAAGCAUUGUAGCAACAAGAAUGGACGCUAAUCUGCGUUUCUACGGGGAUCCAUAUCUGACCACAACUGAUAUUCUUCUUGGGAGGGUGGACAGACCAAAGGCCGCUGAGCCCUUGUAUGAUGCUCUUACAGACCUUUAUUCCCAACUUCAGCGUUAAAAGUGUUUCUUCCUCCUGCACGUUGAAAAGGAGAAGAUUUAGGUGCUUUGACGUUGCUGUGCUGCCAUGCCAGGGCUCUGGGUCUCGUCAACAAUGCCUAUACACUUGGAUGUAGCGACGCAUACGGCUGUUACAGACGAUAUGGCAACCAAUGUAUAUAAAUAAGACUACCAGUAGAUUAUGAUACAGAUCUGCCUACAUUAAUGCCAGUUCCCACUUCGUUUAGUUGUGUUAUGCAAGCUCUUGCAACCCUUGAAAGGUAACCCCCCCCUCUAAAGGAUUGGUGUGUGAUAUAAGUUUAUGGUUGACGGUUGGCUGUUUUCCUAUCAGGAUUUAAACAUCUUUGGGAGUGAAUUAACGUA